UGCCAGAAGGGUUAUCGCCGGAGCAUAAAGCUGAGAACGAUGCUACUGAAUUUAGGGAUUUUGAUGUCAAGGAAGAAGAGAAACCCGAGGUUUUUCUAGAAUUCAGAUUUCCGACCUAUGAAGAAUUUUGCCAAAUCCAGAGAGUAAAAGGUAAUAUAUUUAACUCUGAAGUGGUCCCUUGUGCAAGUACCAGCAAAUAUGAGUUCACAUCCCGGAAAAGUUUUAGUAGCGCCUUUAUUGAUGAACUGGACACUUUUCCUGUGAAAGAAAUAAAUGCUACUGAUGGAAUUGGCGACUCUUGUGUAAAUGAAGAGGGUCUUUCUGAUAGAAAGUUGGAGGAAGUCUAUGCUGAGACGGGAGGCAUCCGUGAAAAAGGAAAAGGAAUUUUGGUAUUUGAUGAAGAGGAAAUUGAGAAAGGUGAGGCAAUGAAACUUAAGGAAGAGCCCGAAGAGGAGGCACAGACAGUUCAGCAUGAUGAAGGGCUUCAGGGGAAUAAAGAGUUUCUUGACGAAUCUCAGUUUUUCCCUGAAAAAAAUUCUGUGAUUACUGAUUCUGAUUCUGAGUCCACUAGUUUUGAGCAUUUACGUUCCGUUAUGAGCCGUUUAGUGGAUUCGCACAGCGAUGGAUUCUUGUCAGACGGAGAUUUUGCAGGAGAAUUUGAUAUCUAUAGUGAGAAUGAGAAAAUGGAAUCGGAGAGUGAACUUUCGGCCUUCGAAGAAAAUCAGGACUUAUCAGAGGAUUUUGACGAGGAAGACAGUGAUAUACUGGAAGAGCUCAAUAAAUUAGAAGAGCAUAAUUUACAGAAUCCAAAUGGACUGAACUCAAAAUUUUUGCGCGAGGAAGAUUUUAAGGAGGAUUUAAACAAGGGACAUGAUGCUGAAUUUGUCAGCAAAGACGAUGAGGGUGUGAAUGGCGGCGAUAACUCUGAAAAUCCAGGAUCAAAGGACUCGUCAAUGUCGGAAUCUGGGGAUGCAAACGAAUUGGAGUCAUUGUGGGAACAUCAAGAAUUGAUUGAACAGUUGAAAAUGGAGCUGAGAAAGGUCAGAGCCACCGGCCUGCCCACCAUUUUAGAAGAAUCAGAGUCUCCUAAGAUAAUGGACGACUUGAAGCCAUGGAAAAUCGAUGAAUUCCAGCGCGAAGAUUGUAUAGGCGAGCUUCACAAAUUCUACAAGAGCUAUAGGGAGAGAAUGCGCAAGUUUGAUAUCGUCAACUACCAGAAGAUGUAUGCCAUGGGUUUUUUGCAGCUAAAGGAUCCGCUCCAGUCUAUGUCAAAGCAAAAGCAAUCAGCCCCGACACUCAAAUCCAUUGUGUCCCAAAAUCUUUGGCUGUUCAAACACAAAAUCCAUGGCACUGACCCAAUGAAGAAGUUUAUCAAGGAAUUGCAGGGCGAUCUUGAAGUGGUGUACGUUGGACAUAUGUGCCUUUCCUGGGAGUUCUUGCACUGGCAGUAUGAAAAAGCCUUAGACUUGUGGGAUUCGGAUCCUAGGGGAGCCCGUCGGUACAAUGAGGUUGCUGGCGAGUUUCAACAGUUUCAAGUGCUGAUCCAGAGAUUCAUAGAAGACGAACCAUUUCAAGGGCCAAGAGUGCAAAAUUAUGUCAAAAGCCGGUGUCUUCUUCGCAAUCUUCUUCAAGUUCCUGUCAUAAGAGAGGACAAGUUGAAAGACAAAAGGAUGGGCAGGAAAAAGGACAGAGAUGAGUAUGUAAUAACAAGUGACAUGCUAGUGGAGAUUGUGGAAGAAUCAAUACGGAUAUUUUGGCGAUUCGUUUGGGCUGACAGGGAUUGCACCAUGGCAUCACUCAACGGCCACAAGAAAUUGCCCGAGCUUACCAAUUCUGAAGACCUCAAGUUACUGGAAGAGGUCAAGAAAGUUGUUCAAAAGAAGGAGAGGAAGUUGAAGGAUGUUUUGAGGAGCGAAAAUUGCAUCUUGAGGAAGUUCCGACGCUGUAGGGAGGAGGAUUCAGAUUCGGAUCAAGUGCUUUACUUUUUCUCGCAAGUAGAUAUGAAGUUAGUGUGUAGGGUUUUGAACAUGUCGAAAAUAACAAGAGAGCAGCUGAUAUGGUGUCAUAACAAGCUAAGCAGGAUUAGUUUUGUGAAUAGGAAGAUAUACGUAGAGCCGUCUUUCUUGCUCUUCCCUUGUUAACUUUUGUAAUACUAAUGUUUCUUACCCUUAGCUCAUCUUACAUGGAAUCCUACUGAUUUUGGAAAAGUUUUUAGUAGAAAGUUAUGGUGACCUGUUAUUUAUCUACUCUUAA